AUGGCAUCUUCCAGCACCGAGUUCGUUCCAAGGCGGUACGAGCAGGAAGAGAUUUACUACUGUGCCAAAGCAAGUUUCAUCAUCACCGUCAUCGUCUCCGCAACAUCCCCAAUCACCACAGCAAUCCUCACCGCCGCCAUAGCCGUCAUUGUCACCGGUCCCCUCACUUCUCUCCCUGCAAGACUCAUGUGCUGCAUCCAUGUGACGCUCACUUUCGUCAAUAUUGCCUUGUUCGAAGUAUGGAUACUCAUCUCCAGAUACUUGACCCCGUUAUUCGCAUUGUUCUCCUCCUCCUCCUCCUCCUCCUCUUCACCAUCAUCAUCAAUCUGUGCACCUGGGCUUUCCUCGGGCCUUCCCUCAUACCACAUGCCGGCGCCCACUCCCACGCCCACUGCAGCCAUCGUUCUGGACAAGGCCACCGACUGGGGCUUGUGUCCUUCGGCAUAUCCCGCCAGCCUCGAAUGUGGUCAACUACGCGUACCGAUAAACCAUGAAAAACCAGAAGUGGACAGCUUCAUCACCCUUGGAGUAACUCGGUCAAGGGCAACUAGCUCAACCGGACGACGCCUAGGGAACUUGAUCGUUGACCCAGGCGGACCGGGAGUGUCGGAAAUAAGCAAGUUCGUCACUCAUAGGGAAGGGGAACUGGUCAGCCAGCGUCUGAUGGAGUUCUACGACAUCAUUGCAAUGGAUCCUCGGGGUGUCGGGGCUAGUAAUCCCAUCCAGUGUGAUGUAGACUUGUUCAACCAGCGUGUCCCCAUCUAUGUUGAGAGCCAGAGCGACUUUGACAGUCUUAUGUAUUGGAACAAGGCCUUGGGCGAGUCUUGUGCUAAUCUGACCGGCCCUUCGUUCCAAUACCUGGAUACUAUCUCAGUGGCCAAGGACCUCGAUCUCUUGCGUCAGCUCGGAAGCCAGUACGCAGAACUUUUCCCAGGACGUGUUGGCCGCAUGGUUCUUGAUGGCAUCGUUGAUCACUCUCAACGUAAAGUUAGCAAUUUCAUGACGGGAUCCACGACUACUGAAGACACAUUCAAUGCGGUUGCCAGGUGGUGCAAUACAACCUCCGAAUGCGCCUUGUAUCAUCGCGAUGUACCCGCCCUCUUCGACGAGCUGGUCGACAAUGCCAACAUGAAGCCCAUUCCCGCUCCUGGCUGCCAUGGCCAUGCAGUGGAUGGCGCACCUACUGCCUGCCGACCAGAUGUGACCGGGUACGAGAUCAUAGAUAACUCCAAACCCCUUCUAUCAUUGCAAUCUCGGUGGGUUUUAUGGUCCAAGGCAUUAUUAGAAGCACUUAAUGGCAACGCCACACUCCUUUCUACUCCUCUUCUCACCUUCAACGUGUUCCCCAUCACCGAGGACUACAGUUUAUUUGCCGACAGAGCUAUUGUCUGUCAGGACUGGCUACGCCUUUCUGGUCCCCGAGCUUCCAAAGAUUUGAUCGCACGUUUUAAAGUUGCCAGAGCCCUUGCUCCACACACUCGUGGCAUCAGCGAGAUGUCUGGCAUCCACACCGGCGUUGAGUGGGCGAUCGGGCUGCGCGAGCAGAUGCCGACAGCGGUGAACAUCUUCCGCAAUGGAUUCGGCCAUACCAGCUACAAACUCCAUGGUAAAACACAGAGGGUUAUCGAUGAAUACUUGAUCGAAGGCAAGAUGGCAGAAGACCUAACUACUUUAGAUUCUUGA